AUGAAGAAAGUCCUAGAGGACAAAGCUACAGUCUGUAUCACGCUAUCCAACUGUGCUGCUGAAUUAAAGGAAGACUUCUAUCCAUGGAUUCCCCAGGUUGUUUCAGUCUUGCUUCCGCUUUUGAAAUUCUAUUCCCACAAUAAUGUCAGGAAAUAUGCUGUUGGAGCCAUGUAUCCCCUGUUGCAUUCUACUAAACUGGCUGUUGAGAAUGGGAUUGCGCAAGGUGAAAGCGAGUCAUAUUUCAAGGAGUUAUCAGACUAUAUAAUACUGUCUGUGCUAGAAGCUUUGCAUGAGGAGCCUAUGACAGAAGUAUGUGCAUUCAUGUUGGCUGAAUUGAAUAAUUGCAUGCAGAUUAGUCCACCACUUCUCAUUGAAGGUCAGCUCCGUAGAAUAGUGGAUGAGGUAAAGCAUGUCAUAACAGAGAGUUCAAGUAGAAGAAGAAAACUCAAAGAGAGAACGCAAAAUCAGAAGACUUUGAUGCUGAGGAAGGUAGGCACCGUAGUGGGUACAUUGAUCAAAAUAUUCAAGGCUGGUUUCUUGCCUUUCUUAUUUGACGAGUUGUCACCAUAUCUAAUACCUAUGUGGAAUGCUCUUUAUGGACUUGCCCUUUAUGCGGUAUAUGGUGGUUAUGUAUUCAAACCUUUUAUUACAGAGGCUAUUUCAAGGAUCAAUGUAGUGAUAACUCAUUUACGUGCUCAUGAGCGUGAGAAUGAAUCUGUAUAUUGUACUGCUGUUUUGGCACUUAGCAAGAUAUGUCAGUUUCACUUGGAAAGUAUUGACUCAUCAGCUCAGGUUAUAUGUUCUGAAGAGGAACUUGCUACAGAAGAAACAACAAAUCGCAUGAUUAAUAUAUUGAGGUAUCCGCAGCCAUAG